AUGUGCAAGGGAGUGAAGAAUGUAAACUGGGAGACUGAAACCUUGAUGGGAUCAGCAGCGCCCGUACCUAAUUGGGAACGAUUUAUACCAAGAGCAGCUCUGUCACAUAUUGGGCUAUUUGUAGCCCUCAUGUUGUAUACUGCUGGAGGUGGAUUGGUGUUUCGGGCGCUUGAAUAUCCAGCCGAAGUGGCGAAGCAAGAAUAUCUUAGAGAUCGUCUCCUGACUGAACGAUGGAAUCUUAUAAGAGUAGUAUCUGAUUACAAUAUGAAUGGAACUGAAGAAGUUAGCUUAGAAAAAGUUUUAAGUGAUCAAUUAGCUGUCUAUGAAAAGGUUUUGGAAGAAGCAUCUGGAAAUGGUAUCGCGCUAGAAAUAGAAAGAAAUUUUCCUCCUUUGGAAGAAAAAUGGAGUAUAUUGCAAGCUGUGUUCUUUUCCUCGACUGUGCUCACCACAAUAGGAUACGGCAACAUAGUGCCAGAAACAUUCUGGGGAAGAUUGUUUUGUAUUGCUUACGCACUCAUCGGGAUUCCACUAACUCUGACUGUGAUCGCUGAUCUCGGAAGAGUAUUCGCAACGGUCGUGUCCGUUGUGGCCAAACAUUUACCAACGAUGCCAAAGUGGUGUAGUCGACUAUCGGAAACUAAUCCGGCGGGUCAGAGAUCUUUGUACGCUUUUUGGGCUGUCUGUUUCCUAUUCGUCUACUUAUCAGCCGGAGCAGGACUGUUUAAAAUGUGGGAAGAUGAUUGGAGUUUCUACGAUGGAUUCUAUUUCUGUUUCAUAACGAUGACUACUAUUGGAUUUGGUGAUCUAGUUCCGAAAAGACCAAAGUACAUGUUACUUUGUACGUUAUAUAUUUUGAUAGGCUUGGCACUCACGUCGACAAUUAUUGAACUAGUUAGGAGACAGUACGCUAGGUCGUGGCAACAACUGCGAGCUCUAUCUGGUCCCUUGGCAGACACAUUAAGAAGACUUGGCGACGCCGGGCGGGGAGUCGACGUGUCUGCGCUCCAUAACGAUCUCAGAAAGGUCUUAACUAUCGUCACAAUGCCCAAAUUUAGCGGACGUGAUGCUCUAGGUGAGAAAAGCAAACUGGAGUGGGAGGCGGCCGUGGAGGCGGUAAUCAGAGAUAUCACUAGCCCUGUUACGAGUCAACCGAAACCACCCAUAGUCCAAAUUGUUAUAUAUGAAUCAUCAGUCUAAUCCCUAGAAGAUACAUGGCAAAUUUUCCUGUGCUCCAAUUCACUUUUCCAUCGUUAAAUAUUUCACUAUCCAAUUUAAAAUAAUUCGAUAAAUAGUUUCAAUCGCUACAAACUUUUGCGAUGAUGUAACGCAAUGAUGUAAUAGUUUUAAACUAACUACUUAUAAACCACGGGAAAUUUUGCGCCAUAAACAUGUUUGAUAGCUUUUUUACAAUGAAACACAUAAACGAACGCAAUUUGUUACCCGCUGUCAAAACUCUAAAAUAAAACAAACAGUAUGUCCAUCUCUAUUUCCAGUCCUAUUUAUAAGACUCGUCCGUUUCAGACUUUCACAAUAUAUUAUCCAGAGCUCGGAAGUUAUUGAAACAAGCAGUUUAAAAUGUUAAUAAACUGGUUACUCCUUUUAUCAAA